GCAUUUGCUAAAAUUUUUGGGGUGAGACAAUUACUCAAUUGAAUUGGAGAUGAUGACGUGGCAGGUUGUUGUGAGUUGUGACUGCCUAAAAUAUUUUUCGCGGAGGAGACUUUAUCAUUUGUCGCUGCGCGCAAUUCGACGAGAAUCAGAGAGAAAAAUCGAAGCACAAUUUUCUUUGCUCGGGAAAAUUUAUCCUCUCCCACUUUCUCCUCCAGCUCCAAGUCGAUCCACCUUCCUCAUGAUUAGGUUUUCUCCACGAACGUUCCUCUAUUUCCUGUCGAUCUCGUUGAUUCUCCUUGGAUCUUCGAGCUCCUAUGUGGACUCGUCGAACAUCGUGUCCGCCGCCAAAGUUAAGCAGAUUUCAUGGAAACCCAGGGCGUUCGUAUAUGAAGGUUUUCUCACGGAUAAAGAAUGCAAUCAUUUGAUUUCUAUUGCCAAAUCGGAACUGAAGAGAUCUGCUGUUGCAGAUAAUUUGUCUGGGAAAAGCAUGCUCAGCGAAGUUCGAACUAGCUCUGGAAUGUUCAUCAACAAAGGGAAGGACCCUAUUAUUUCAGGCAUAGAGGACAAGAUUGCAGCGUGGACCUUCCUACCAAAAGAAAAUGGGGAAGACAUGCAAGUGUUAAGAUAUGAGCACGGGCAGAAAUAUGACCCGCACUAUGAUUACUUUUCUGACAAGGUGAAUAUUGCACAGGGUGGACACCGCUUAGCAACUGUACUCAUGUAUCUCACUGAUGUGACAAAAGGUGGUGAGACAGUGUUCCCCAUGGCUGAGGAAACUCCACGUCGUAGAUCUUCUACAGAAGUUGAGGAUUUGUCAGACUCUGCUAGGAAAGGAGUUGCAGUAAAACCACGACGAGGAGAUGCGCUUCUGUUCUUCAGUCUCCACGCUAAUGCAGUUCCAGAUCCACUGAGUCUCCAUGCAGGAUGCCCCGUUAUUGAAGGUGAGAAGUGGUCUGCAACAAAGUGGAUUCAUGUUGACAGUUUUGAUAAGAUAGUAGGAACUGGCGGGAACUGCACCGAUGAGAAUCCGAGCUGUGACAGAUGGGCUGCUCUUGGUGAAUGCACGAAGAACCCAGAGUACAUGUUGGGCUCUCCAAAUUUGCCAGGAUAUUGUAGGAAGAGUUGUAAUGCAUGUUAGCAUGUCAACUCUUGUUUUUCAUUUCCUAGUACAUGUUUUGCUUCCAAAUGUUGUUUUUCACUUUUGUUCUUAGUUCUUCUUGUAUGUUUUAAUGUAAUGGUUUUGUGGACAUGGCUGAAAUGUAUCAUUCUUCUUUUCUUGUAAGAAUUAUAGUGCUUGUCUGUUUUUUUCUCCGAGUGGUACUUCUUUUUCAUGUUCAUUAUGAUGUCAUGGUUGUACUUGAAAUGAAAUAUAAACGUAAUGUUCGUUGC